AUGCCUUCUGGAAAAAAAAUCAAGCUUGUGAUUUUUGAGCUCCUGGAGUUGGCUGCCUUUUCUAUUCCCACACUUGUGGUAAUGGAACAGUUUGCUAAAACCUAUCAUAACAUAAUGAAUAACUCUGAGAAAACGCAUUAUUGGUUGAUUGUUUCCUGUUCUAUUGCCUAUGUGGCUUCAGCAAGUCUAUUGAUUUGGGUUCCCGUAAAAGUUCUCUUCUUCAAGAAGCGUCAUCUUUACCAAAAGAUUAAAGGAUGGAGACCUGUUAUGAUGAUGUAUGUAGUGCUCACCACUCUUCCAAGCUUCAGCUUUUCUAUAGCAAUGACUGAGGUUCAGAAAAGUACUAAUGAUACCAUAUCUGCUGCCAUCCCUGAUACCUUACCUGACCUACCUGUGUCUUUGGUCCUGACUUCCUUGAUUGUGGUUGACAUCAUUGAAAAACUCAGGAUUUAUCCUCUUAGAGGGGAGCUAAAGAGUAAGGAAACAACAGAGAUUCACUCUUCCACUUUGCAAAACAUAAAAACGGUGACAGAACAGGUGCAUCGAAAUGAAGAAAACUCUGUACCUCCCCAGCCAGCCAGGAGGACCCAGAUACCACAGCCCCGCAGAACCAACACCGAAUCGCCUACUCUGAACGUGGAGGGCCCUCAAGAGCCCUGCUUUGACUCGGGAGUCCUGAGGGCAGCAUCUUCCUCGGACCCCCGCUCUGAGAUCUUUCUGGGGAGCUUUCUGCUGUGGUCGGACACCAUAGAAAUGGUGCGUGUGACUGGCCAUCCUGCUGUGUACAAGUCUGGCUGGGUGUACCCAGUGUACAUAUUCAGUUUCAUUUCUCUUCUUCGAAUUAUCCUAACGCCCCAAAACCCUCUCAGUAAUUGUGUCGGUGUACUGCUCCAAGAUAUCCCCUUCAUUUUUGUUCGACUCAGUUUAAUCAUUGUCCUGGGAACGAUCACACCCGUAUUGGGCCUUUGCAAAAAUAUCCUUGUGACCCUCUCGUAUGUUUACUUCAAUCAUUUAACCAAAUUCAGAGUUUUUUCUACCUUUGAAGUAUCUUAA